CAAACAUUCAAACCUCAGUCCUCAUAUUACAUGUUCAUGUGGGUGUGUGUGUUUUGUAGAUCUCUAGGAAAUUACAAGGUUAUUACGCGGUUUGGGCGCUAUUUAGUCAUCUUUUUCAACAAUUUCAAACCCUAAAGAAUUAACACAAAUAUAUCAAAACCUUUUCAUCCAGUAAUAUCUUGGAAAUUUUCUUCAAACCCUAAUCAAAGAAACCAUAAGUAUUUGAAAGUAAAGCUCAAAACCUUCGUAAUCAUCUUCCUCUUCUCCUUCUUCUUCAACAUCUUUAAGAAGCUAAAAUCAACCACCACUUUAAUCAUCCGAGCUAGUCAUCUUUCUUGGUGGGAGCAAGGAACUUCAUCGGCUUAACCACACAAUGGAAAACUAUGUUCAGAAUCUUGAAUUUGACCACGCAUCCGCUAUUGUAGAACCAAUGAAUCUAGAGCUAACCUUUCCGACUAAAGUCGCAUCACCGGUGUACACUGGGAGAACGAUUACCGGAGAAGUUGAUUGUAAUGGUAUAAAUAAGCCCAUCAACAUUAUGUUGGUUGAUAGCAAGACGCGCCAACGAGUAACUAACGGGUGGGCAGCCUCUCUAAAGGUGAAGAUAGUACUCAUCAAUGCAUAUUUUUGUGGUGUAAAUGGGGUUGAAGGUGUUUGGACACCUCUAGAGUUCAAAAACAACAUAGUUGUUAAUUUCGAAAAAAAGAAAAAUAUUCUUUUAGGUGAUCGUUCUCUCGUACUUAAAGAUGGAAUUGGGACACUAGGUGAAAUGAGAUUUAAACACGAUAGAAAUCCUCUUCGAAAUGUCACAUUUCGAUUAGGAGCAAUGGUUGAUGGUGAUCAUUUUCCCUACGCGAUCAAAGAAGCUAUAACAUAUCCCUUUGAUGUCAAGGAUCGCCGCAACGAAUCUAAGAACUUAGGUCCACUGUUGCAAAGUGAUAAGGUGUGGCAAUUGGUAAAUAUAUCGAAGAAAGGCCCUAUUCGUAAACGUCUCGAGAGAAAAGAUGUCUGGAUAGUGAGGGAUUUUCUCGAUAUGUACAACUCGAACUCUGAAGUACUUAAAGAGAUUUGUGGGUUAAAAGGCAAAAAGUGGGAGAUGACGGUAAGUCACGCGAAAACAAGCCUAGCUAAUAAUGUGCCUAAUGUGUAUAGACAAGUUGACUCUACCUCUCUAUAUCGUUCCAGUUUUAUCGGAUGUCCCCAAAGGGAUGGAUCUACCUCUCAACAAUUGGACCAUAUAACAUCAUUUAACUAUGAUGACAACAUAAACUUCGAUAACAAUUGUUACAAGCCACAACUUUGUGAAGAAGAUCCUUCUUGUAACAUGUUCAAAGUGGGUUGUAACUUUUCAAUCCAAGAUGUUGAAGUAGGUGGUGUGAUUUUUCUUGGAGUUGAACCAUAUGAAGACCAACAAAAAGGAAUCAAUGGUGCAUCCAACAUGGAGCCCAACGAAGGCGGUCUAGCUAAAAAAAGAUGGAUGAAAUUGCGUGCAACACUAUGGUUCUCGUUGGUGACUAUCGCUUAGAGGGUAGUGCUUGUGAAUAAAAAAAAUCAGUAAGUUAGUUUGAUUGGUUCUGCCCGAAUAAAAAUUUGUGUGCAGUUGUGAUUUUUUUGAUUUCUUGAUUAUUAUGUAUACAUGUAAUAUUAUUUUAUUUUAUUCAUUAUUGACGCUUCUUUUUAAUAAGAUUAUACAUAGCCCAAGA